UAGCUCUUGUCAAAGUGUUGGACGAAAGUGAAAGAAGAAAUCUAUGAACGCACUCUUUAUUUUUGUUCGGUUGCGUAAAGCUGCUCGGAUCAGCAUGUGAAAUAUGUGAACAUCGGCGUUAACAUAACGAUUGUAAUACAAUUUAUAAACAAUCAGUAAUAUUAUAUGUUCUGGUCAUUUAGCGAAAUUUAUAAGACGAAUAAAUCAUUAAAAAUGUCAACAAUGCUCCCGAAACCUCCGAAUCCGGACGAAACACCGAAAGUUGAUCCGGCGAAGGCUACUGGAAUAUUUUUCCCAAACUCGGAACUAGAUGAUGUGGCCAAACACUUUAUUGGCAACAAUAACAGAUUCCGCGAGAACAUUAUAAUCCCAAAAAUGUACGGUGCGGUGCAGAUAAAAACCAACGAAGAGAAGACGGUCGAGGCUGUCUUUGAAAGUUGUGCUUUCAAAUCGCUUAUGAGCUGUGUUUUGGGAUAUGGUUUAGGAGCUGCCAUCGGGUUAUUCAGUUCAUCAGUCAAUCCCAGUAUAGCGGACCCACUGGCGACCGAAAAGCAGCAGACCGCUCGGGAAAUUUUUCGUGAGAUGAGACAAGCGACCCACUCGUAUGGUAAAAAUUUUGCUGUUAUUGGUGCCGUAUUUGCUGGAGUUGAGUGUAUCAUUGAAUCGAAACGUGGCGUAUCCGACUGGAAGAAUGGUACCUAUGCGGGUGCAGUUACCGGAGGACUAAUUGGUUUGAGGGCUGGCAUCAAGGCAGGUAUUGUUGGUGCGGCAGGUUUCGCUGCGUUUUCAACCGUAAUCGAUUACUACAUGAGGCAUCGAUAAAAAUAUAAAUUAGCUUAGUUAUAUAAAGGCAAAGUUCAAAUAAAUAUUGCACUGGUUUAA